AUGUCAGUUCAAACCAUUUUACUGGAUUUUUCUUUGGAUCCAGCUCGCUUAGGUGAUGAAAGUGGGCAGAAAACAGUAUUUAGUCACCUGGAAACAGUGCUUAAAGAUUACGUUCCUAAUCUUAUAUUAGCGGCCGAUAUUAAAAUAGAUGACGGCUCUUUGAAACUAUUAACCGGUAAACGGGGUACAACGGUGUCCGUUAGAUUAUUUGAUCGAGGUCUAGUCACCGUAAAUAUUGAAUAUUAUAAGGAAGACUCUGAAGAACCAUUAAUCAACUUCAAGAACACAAAGCUACUGGAAAAUUCUGUUAAAAUGUCUUUGGAGUGCGAAAGAAUUAAAUUAAUGCCAACUAUAAAACGAGGCUAUAAAUAUGAUGUGUAUUUAACCAGUUCAGGUAGACAUGAUAAUUCUUGGAAAUGCACCGAGCACAUUUCGACCAAGUUAUUGGAAAGCCAGCUGCAAAAAUACAUCACAGUCAUAAAAUCUCAGCCGUACCCAUCAAUAAAGCGUUGCUUAUUCAGCAAGUAUUACACCACUUCAGACGAACGACUGCUGGAGUAUGAUAUCGAUGGCGUUGUCUUCGAUGAGCGGUCGCCCUUCCAGCGGGUGCAGGUGGUCCAUUCCAGAACAUUCGGGAACAUGCUAGUAUUGGAUGACUUGCAAAAUAUCUCAGAGGCUGACCUUAUUUACACUGAAACUCUGAUGCAGAGAGGGAAAGAGAGCUACGAGGGAAAAGAAAUUAUUAUUCUAGGUGGUGGUGACGGCGCCUUAUUGUAUGAGCUUUUGAAAGAGAACCCCAAGUACGUGUGGAUGUUGGAGAUAGAUGAAGUAGUGAUGAGAGCUUGUAACAAACACCUGCGGAGCAUCUGUGGGGACGUGCUCGAGAGGAGGCAGGGAAAAAACUACGAGAUAAUAGUAGAGGACUGUAUGGUCACGAUAGACAAGCUGUGCUCCCAGAACCGUAAAGUGGACUAUGUGUUCGGCGACCUCACCGACAUCCCGAUCUCCGAGACGCCCGGCGGAGAGCUGUGGGAGUUCAUGAUCAACAUACUGGACGCGGCCUUCAGGGUUCUCAAACCUACGGGCAAGUUCAUGACGCAUGGUAACGGCGCUACUUCCCCCGCUUCGCUUGAAUUGUACGAGCGCGUGUUGAACGACAUGAAGCCUAAAGUCGCCUUCCAAAAAUGCAAGGCGUUCGUCCCAUCGUUCCUUGAAGACUGGAUCUUCUACCAGAUAGGUUUCCACGAUCAGAAGUAA